UAUUUCUUUCUGAUUAAAAAAGAAGAAGAAAGCUAGAGAAAGAGUCAAAAAUAAUAACAUCUGAGAUUAAAUCUGAUUGAAUGUGAUGCAUCCUCUAACUAAGUAACAUGUAGCAUCAUCACCUAGCUCAACCCCCAUACACAUUGACUUAGUUGCUGAGACAUAAAGACACUGAUUACACUGGUUCCUGGACCUCCUGACUGACAGUUGGCCUGACCAAUCUGUCAUCAACUCUCAUUAAAUUGCACUGGCAUAAAUACUCAGAAUACACUACAUUACUGUCUGGUCCACUCAGCAUACCUGCUCCCCAAUCCCAGAGCCCUGGGUUUCUCCUGACCCACCUGAACUGACCAGGAAAAACUCCAGGCCUUCAUUAUUAAAGGAGAUACACUUCACAGAGCUCAAAAGGCUGAGUUUGGUUUCAAUGAGCACCAUCAGAAUGAGGCCAUCAACUACAUGCGCUUUGCACGCUCCAAGAGGAUCAUCAGACUCAAGACCAUUGACUCCUGCUUCGAGGACCUUAAAGACAGCAGGCUAGUGGAGGAGACAUUCACAGUGGAUGAGGUGCGGGACAUGCUGGACGGGCUGCAGCUGGUUGUGCGAGGGGAGGUGGAGACAGAGCUCAUCAACACGGCCCACACCAACGUGCUGCUGCUUCGGCAGCUCUUCUCCCAGGCUGAAAAGUUCUACCUCCGCCUGCAGACUGACAUAUCAGAGCUGGAGAACAGAGAGUUGUUAGAGCAAGUGGCUGAGUUUGAGAAUACUGAGUUUAAAAACCCAAAUAAGACUAACCAAGAAAUUAGCAAGCCCAAGUUAGCACCGCUGAAUGAAGGUGGGGUAUCUGAACUUCUCAACAAGGAGAUAUCAAGGCUACAAGAAGAAAAUAAUAAGCUCAAAGGCAGGCUCCGGACUUUGGAAACCCAGGCCAUGGGUGCGUUGGAUGAGAAGACCAGGGCGGAGAGAGCUCUCAAAGACUUGCAGAAGGUCAAGGGGGAACAGCAAAUGGCCACCCGUUCUCAGGAGAUCACUAGUCUGGAGGACACGGUGGCAGCACUGCAGGAAGACUACCAGAAGUCCCUGAGUGUCAACGCUGCCUCCCAAAGAGACCUGCAGGACAACCUGGUGUCUGCCAAACAUGACCUGCUCAGGGUACAGGAACAACUGUCCCUGGCAGAGAAGGAGCUGGACCGGAAGUUCCAACAGACUUCUGCCUACCGCAACAUGAAGGAGAUCCUCACCAAGAAAAAUGAGCAGAUCAAGGACAUCAGGAAACGGCUUUCAAAAUACGAGUCUGAUGAAUGAACCCUUUGCAUCACACAACAAGACACAAAAUGGAGGUUAAAAUACACGACAAAGGGUAGAAAUGGCCCAAAAGUUGGGACUGUCACUCUGGAGAAGGUUUUUGCCCGUUUACCAUUUAUUCUACCCCACUGCAGGAGCAGGUGCUUUGAACAAAAAAUUGAAUUGAGAAUAUCACCUGUAGUUCAGAACCUUUCAGAAGAAUCGUAUCAUCUCGCUGAUCCAGCAGCUUUUGUAGUCAUUGGCUUUAGGAGAUGAUUGCAGGGUAUUAAGGGUUAGGGGCUAAUCGACAGAGCCUCCUAUGGUCAGUCUCACUGGGAGAUAUCUAGGAGCUGGAGCUUUGUGUGUUUAGUAGUAGGUUUUCCUCAUUGCACUAUGCAAGUACUUUCACGUCCUUGACUUGCUGUCUAAAACGGAGGCCUUCUGAAUAGGAGAGAUAUGCUUGAAGCUCUGGUGCUGUCUAUAUCUGAUGGUGAUGGGUAAAUUUUUCCAUGACACCAAUAUAAAUUAUUGGCUCUUCUCAAGACUGUAUAAUCUUUUUCACCUAUUUCUAUGUAGCUGGGGUAUCAUGCAACAUCUGUUUAUAUGUAUUCAGCUGGCGGAAUUGAGCUCCAAGUUUUAAUGAUAGUGAAUAGUCAUGGCUAAUGGUACAUAUUAUGAAUCGCAGCAUAACAUUCCAAAAUAUCUUGAGGGGAAGGUUUUGAGGGAAACGUUUACGUAUGAUUUGACAUGUUUUCUUAUUUUUCUUACAAUUUUUAUCCUGUUUUAGCAUGUAAAAAUGAUUGGAACGAUCAGAGGUUGGACCUAAGCAAAUGUAUAAGUACUUCCCUACACAUAUAGAAUAUUUUUAUGGGAACAGUGAACUUUUUUGUCCUUAACCCUGAUAAUAGCCUGGUAUCAAGGCAUAUAUUGUAUUCCGUCUGGUACCAGGCCAGAGGCAUAUGUGUGUAAUAUGACAAAAAUUCUAUGUUGCUGUCUUUGACGUAAUGCUCUUGUAGAGUAUGAUACACGACCACCUAUGUCAUAUUAGACGUGUAUGUGUGAUAUGUUUGAAUUGUUGUGGGGUAAUAAAAGCUGUUACCAAAA